GGUGUGCAUGUGAAAGCUCGGCACCGGAGCGCAGCCAGGUCGCUGCACUUCUUACAGAUCUCGGCUCGUCCACGGUGCAAGGAACAAUACCUUGUUUAAGGAUCAUGAGACUGUUCCUCACCGUUAAACAUCCUUUGUACCAUUAAUGGUUCCACAAACCAACUGGUCACUUUUUGAAAGAAUCUGAGAAAAUCUUACAAGAGGAAGUGGAGCGAAAAGGACAAAUAAACUGGUUUGUUGUGGAGUGCAAAAUUAGCAUUUAAGGGAUGGCAAAGUGAACAAAUGAAUAUGAAAGAAAAGAUACAUGAGUGAAAAAAUCCACAGUGAGAAAAAGUUUAAAACUCUUGUAAAGCUCCACGUUGGCUGAGAAAAGAACAUUUUAUCAGUACAUUCUGUCUCAUGAGCUACUUUUAUUAACAAGUUAUCAUUGUCAAGGCGAAGCAUAUAUUACUUUCCAUUUUAGGGAAAUCGAGACAUUGGAGACUUUUUCAUCACUAACAAUUCACAAGUAAUCAAGGAUAUAAAACUGAAAAGGGAAGGAAGACAGAAAAUGACUUCUUCAGUUCAGAAUAGCACAUUCUGCACUGACAAAGAAGGCAACACAAAGGAAGUAGAGAAUAACAAUCAACAGCCAGUAGGAACAGAUGGAGACACCAAUGCAAAUGAAAUAGCAUCACAGACUCUUCUAACGGAAGAAAGACAAGAGAGCCCUAACCUAACAGCUGGUAUUGUGAAUGAGCAUCUCCACAUCACACGGAACACAAUACCAGAAGAAUUUCUGGAAGACCCUGUGAGCCAAGGUAGGGAGUCUCAAUCAGCUGAGGGCGGGAAUCAAUCAAACAGAAGCAGAGAUCUGGAGUUUUCAGAGCUUCGUAUGUGUGAUAAAAUUGAAACUGUUGAAUUGGACAAUACAGAAUAUGCCCAGCACCAUGAAAAAGUUUGCAGCUUGCAGUUCCCCGCAAAAGAAGAUCAGAAAUCUGGUACAAGUAAAAUAAUUAGUGUUUCUCAAAUUCAAAAGGAAUGGUAUACCCUGCGAAGGCAGCCUUAUGCUGCUGGAUCUGCUGCAGAGCAUCAAUGGCUAAAGAAAGAUGUGUCAGAUGAUGAUGAAAAAAUGCACAGUAUGCAGUUUUCACACAAGGAAUCUUCAUCUUGCAGUUCACUACAGAAAGCUACUAAGAUGGAUGGAUCAGUAGAGACCACUGCAUCCAAAGACAAUGGUAUUGGGUGUUUGCCAGAUGGUGUCACAGUGACUGACCGUUGUACUGGUUCAUUGAACUUUCAGGAAUUCUACAUAGAUAUCGAUAGGAGCACUCAUGAUUCACAAAGGGAAUCAGAAGAUCUAUUCAAAACUAUUUCUCCAUCUGAUCCAUCUGACUUGACCUCAGUUGAAACAACUGGAUUUCAUAUCAACUCAGUUACCUCAGAAAAUAGAAUGUCAGUCCCAAAACUGCAAGCAAAUGUAGCAAGGCCACUUAACCUUGUCAAUGUAAGUCCAUCACAUUGUGAAAAUAUAAUAUCUACCACAGCUUCAGGCAAUGAUCUAUUGGUGGCUAUAAAUAAACCAGAAACCCAGACAAACCUGAAAGUAUUAUCUGAUCAAUGUAACACAAUUGAUGCACACAGUCAGAUCGCUAAAGUUAACCAGCAGGAGACUGGUGAAUUUUUGCCUGAAAUAACAGUUCAGAGCAGGAGAAAUAUUUCUGAAGUAAAGGAGGGAAUUGAUCCUUGUGAUGUUAGCCAGCAGUCACUCACUCUGCUUCCUGCAGAGACAGCCAAAAUAGAGAGCUCAAAAGAACAAUAUCUUAUAAGUCCCAGUGUUGAAGAAGACCAGCCCUUAGUCCAACAGGUGGAAUGUUAUACUGGUGAUAAUCCAGUACCUGGAAACAAUUCUUCAGUAUUAAUGAGACCGGGUUAUAAAAACAGAAUUGUCAGUCCAUUACAAAAUGAAUUAUAUAGUAUUCACGAUUUCACAGAAGCAGCUGAACAUCUUGGAAGUUCCAUUUCCAGUGCUACUAGUAAUGUGGCCAGCAUGAAAUCUACUGUUUCCACAGCUCCAAGCACUACCCACCAGGCAGAUAAUGACAUUGAAAGGGAUAAACUGCCAGUGACAGGAACUAAUGACCUUUCAAAGCAAGAAUUUAUCAGCCUUCAUGAAGCAUUUGAAAUUAUUGAUGGCAGGAAAGAAGACAGAAGGCAAUCUUUUGGGAGUGGCAACAUUUCAUCAGAACACAAAGCAGUUGAAAUGAAAAGCAUUUCUAGUGUGACAGCAAAGGACAAUUCUGAAACCCUUAACAUUGCACAAUCAGAACUGUCAAAGCACCAUCCUUCUGUGUUAGGUAGAGAUACAGGCAUGGGUGGAUUGCCAAGACAAGGAGUUAGUCUUGAUCAGAAUGAUGGUGAUUGUUCUGUGAAAAAGACAGACAGCUUUUCGCAAAGGAAAAAAAAUGAAAUAAAUAGCAAUGUUAUAAUAAUUGGAGAAAAGCAGCUCAUAAAGAUUUCUGAAGAGCUCCAGCACUCUGAGAGCCCAGUAGUCUCUCAGACUGUAAACCCUGCAAUUGCUACUUGUACAGAGGUUCAGCAGUUGGUAAAUAUGAAAGCUACCAGUCGGUCCUCAGAUUCUGGUUUUAAGGAAACCUCGCUGCUUAAUGCUGGGACAUCGUCAGAAUCUUCGCUACCACACCCAAUAGGGGACAUGCAGACAAUGAAUUCAUUCUCUAAAGCUUCUGAUAAAGUUGUUUGCAGCAGUGGAAUCCCAAAACCAAUACUACAGCAUCCAAGGACUGUUCUAACAGAUAAAGGAGAGAUAGAAACAAAUUACCAACCUAUGUCUGAAGGAAAGACUGAAGCUAAACCCAUUCCUAAGCCCAAAUAUGUAAGACCUAAAAUUAUAACAUACAUUCGAAAGCCACUUCAGGUAAAACCACUUGAUGCUAUCCAUGAUGCUCUGGGACUACCUCCAAAACUUUCUACGUGGACUGAAUCAAUUUCUAAACCUUGCAUUUCUAAAGAACACAAGACCUCUGUGUGUGAAAAUAAACCUCUCUCUGUGCUCAGUGUUCCUGGGUCUGCUCAUGACAGAUACAGACCAGAGUUGCAAAGAACUAAGAUAUAUACAACUGGAUUAAUGGUGUCUGGAAUCAAACCUCCUACUCAACAGACAUUUCCCAGAAUGAUGGGAAAACCAUUUCCUUCUUGCAGUGAUGUUGCACCACAGAAAGUUCCUGAAACAUUUACUCAGGAACGCAUUUCUGAGACGGACACCCCUUCUCUUGGUCAAUUUACUUCUGGACAGAAUGUGGCUUCAGUUCCGGAAGAGUGCUUCAAUCCUGCAACCCAUACAGCUGUUUCUAGGCUACCCAAAACUCUUAGGCCACCAUUAGGUCUAGGUGCAAUCUCGAGACUUCCUGCAGCAAAAAGCAGGCUUGCAUUGCAGAGCCAGAGAACUUCGCUAAAUUCCAGUGCACUUCAAAUUCAAGGGCAAGCUGACCAGGAAAUUGCAGUUGUCACUUUGCCUUUUCUCCUAAAGGAUUUGGCUCUUUACUGGGUGGAACAGAAGAAAAAUACUAUCCCAAUUGUCCAAAGAUCAAGUCUCCCAAAGUAUCCUGGGCAUUCUGGACUCCGUCCUCCUGGUUACUCGCGACUGCCAGCCGCUAAACUCGUGGCUUUCGGAUUUGUUCGGAGUUCAAGUGUGUCAUCCGUCUCCAGCAACCAAUCAAAUGACAGCGCUCAUAGUGACCACAGCAAAGCUGCAAAUCGUUCCAAUAGUGGAAGUGAAGAGAAAGUCACUUUAAAGACAGGAGUCUCAGUCAGUGAUGUUUCCAAAAGGACUGGUAAGAUUGGACGGCAGCCUUCGAGCAGUUCAACAACGUGCUGGAGUCUACUUCCUGCAUCAAAAUCCAAGCCAGCGGGCACCAUGAAGAAAGAAGUUCAUAAAGAUCAUGAUGUUCCAAAACCUGUGAAUUCUUCACCCAAAAGGCAUGUUACACCUGCAAGCAAGCUUCACCCAGCAGGGAUAAGCAAGCUAAGGAGUGCUGCAGGUAUUACAAGAAAUGGAUUUUCAGCAAAGACUGACCUCCAGUCUCGAGAGACUGAACGGCAGACUAUCCAGCGCCUCAAGGACAAAUGUAAGAAGCAGGCCAAGCAGUUACAAUCUUUUCAUGACCAAUUACAAAGAGCAAGCCUUAGCAUUGAGGUUCUUGCUGUCACAACACAGCAUUUCCAUCAGAAAAAUGAAAGUGCCCUUAUCAAAGAGAAAGAACUGUCCAUUGAGCUUGCUCAUAUCAGAGAGGAAGUAGCCCUCAAUACAACACGAUGUGAAAAGCUGCAAAAGGAGAAGGAGGAGCUGGAGAGGAGAUUUGAGAACGAGCUACAGAGGCUGCAUUUGCAACAACAAGAGGAGCUCCUAGACCUUGAAGAAAGACUGAAGGCUCAUUAUGCUUCAGAGAAAGAGCGUCUCAUGCAGGAACACCAGGAAUACCUCAAGAAAAUUCAGUCUCAGCAUGAGGAACAGAUGGAAGAUUUGGUGGCUAACCAUAGCAGUGCCAUCACAGAAAUGGAGAACAAUCAAACUGUUACAAUAACUAUUCUGCAAGAUGAGCAUGAAAAGAAAAUUGAAGACCUAAAAGCCAUCCAUGAAUUGGAGAGAUCGGCAUUAGAAGAAGAUUUUGAAAAACUAAGACUUUCUCUGCAGGAUCAAGUUGACACGUUGACAUUUCAGAAUCAUUCCCUGAAGGACAAAGCAAAACGAUUUGAAGAGGCCUUAAGGAGAAGUACGGAUGAGCAAGUUGAGAUUGCCCUGGCACCAUACCAGCACCUGGAGGAAGAUAUGAACAGUCUAAAACAUGUUCUUGAAAUGAAAAAUCAACAAAUCCAUCAGCAGGAAAAGAAAAUUAUCGAAUUGGAAAAACUGGCUGAGAAGAACGUGGUAUUAGAAGAAAAAGUUCAAGUUCUUCAGCAACAGAAUGAAGACCUGAAAGCCAGAAUUGACAAUAAUGUUGCCUUAACAAGACAACUGUCUGAGGAAAAUGCAACGCUGCAUGAAUAUGUUGAAAAGGAAAGCAAGGAAAUGAAAAGGCUCAGCCGAACAAACGAGGAGCUGGUCUGGAGACUCCAGACGGGAGAACCUGUUAGUCCAGUCAAAAUAUCCUCCUCAUCGUCAAAUUUCCAGUCUUCUCAGGGCACACUUUUUCCAUCAGCUGUGAGUGCUAACCCAAGAUGAUGAAAAGGCAUCAGAAUGAAAACACAUGGGCCAUCUUUAUGUUACUCAGCUCAGCUUUAAUUGCUGAAUAUUAUGCUUGGUUUUGCUCAAAGAGUCAGCAUUUGUAAAUGAUAGAUUUACAGAAGUUGCUUUGAGCAUGCUUAUUGGCAUACAGCAGCCAGCAAGAGGAUUUUCUAUUGAAUCCCCAGUAGUCCUUGCUAUUGAAAUCCGAGGAAUGCAUUUUCAGUGCAUUAGUUCUUAAGAUGAACCCUGUACAGUUGAUGGCUGGAAACUGUUUCAAGAUGUACCUAUUAUUGAUCAGGUAUGCAGAAAUCAAGGAUGGAGAUUUUCCUUGACUAGUUGGGCUUUUUUAAAAAAAAAUUGAACCCAAACUUUUUGGGUUCUCCAACAACAGUUUGAAGAUAAUUCUUGUAACUGAGAGUUCAGGAUUUUGCUUUUUGCUGUUAGUAUUGGACAGAAGUGCAGAAUUAUAUAUUUUUACACAUUUGUUGAAAUAUCUUAGCCUGGUGCCUCUUUUGAAAUAUGUCCUGAACAGAUUGUGAUGAUCACUUCUACAAAUAAACCUCCACAUCUCUAAACCACUGAAUUGAGGGGGAAACAAAUGCAAUUGGAUAUCUCUAGGUGGUGCUACAGAUUGAUGAUGUGUGCACCAGCAGCUUGAGAUGGAACAAAACUACUGUCCUUGACUCAACAGCAGUUUUUAAGCUACA